GCGGGCGGCACCGGGAGCGCGGGGGGCACUGCGACGGUUGCCUUCGCUGCCGAGCCUGUGCCCUUCCCGCCGCCGCCCCCGGGCGCGCUGGGGCCACCACGCCUGGCCGCGCUUAAGGAUGAGCCGCAGACGGUGCCCGACGUGCCGAGUUUCGGCGAGAGCCCGCCGCUGUCGCCCAUCGACAUGGACACACAAGAGCGUAUCAAGGCGGAGCGCAAGCGGCUGCGCAACCGCAUCGCUGCCUCCAAGUGCCGCAAACGCAAGCUGGAGCGCAUCUCGCGCCUCGAGGAGAAAGUGAAGACGCUUAAGAGCCAGAAUACGGAGCUGGCGUCCACAGCGAGCCUGCUGCGCGAGCAGGUGGCGCAGCUCAAGCAAAAGGUCCUCAGCCACGUCAACAGCGGCUGCCAGCUGCUGCCCCAGCACCAGGUGCCCGCGUACUGAGCCCUCGCGCGGGGCGCAUGCGCGGCCCCCCUUCCCGAGAGGCGGGCUUGCGUGGGGGGUCGUGGGUGCCUCGGACUCGGAGAGGGCGCUUCCCGGUAGAGGGACCCCCCCAGAUGGUGCCAGGACUCGGAGAGGGCACCUCAGACUCGACAAGCUGGACCCCCUGCUCCUGGGGGGCAAGCGCAUGACCCCCUCGCCCUCGCGCUGCCUCUGUCCUCUGCGCGCAGCCACCCUGUGUUGCACAAAUCCGCGCGCCCGGCCGCUCCUUUGUACGUACCGCCGCCGAGGGGGGCUCCGAGGGGGCGCGGCCUCAAGCCCUGCGUUGCCUUUUACUUUUUUUUUUGCAUUUGGAAGAGAGAACAGUGUUCGAUUCUGCCCUAUUUAUGUUUCUACUCGGGAACAAACGUUGGUUGUGUGCGUGUGUGUUUUCUUGUGUUGGUUUUUUUAAAGAAAUGGGAAGAAGAAAAAAACUCCCUUUCCUUGCUCUCUUCCCCCUCCCUUUUGUCCUUCCGACACCCCAACUCCCGCCCUUUUUUUUUUUUUUUCUGUUUUGUUUUGCUACGAGUCCACAUUCCUGUUUGUAAUCCUUGGUUAGCCCGGUUUUCUGUUUUCAGUAAAGUCUCCUUAUGCCA